AUUUCCUACUUUCGUUUUGAUAUUUAUUGCACGUUUUAGCGACAGAAAAAUUUCUAAAACCAACGUUCCUGUGGACAGCUUGAGCAAAGAUCAAACGAUAAAAUGGCAACACCUAUAUCUUCUGCUCAACAUUAUGUUGAAUGCGAAAAUUGUGAGGAAAAUCCUGCGCAGUUCCUUUGCAAAACAUGUCCUGGUCAUCUUUGUGAAACCUGUAAAACAGAGCACGAGACGAGAAAAAUAACCAAAAAUCACGAAAUUAUACAUCUGCACAGAAAUAGAGAGGGAUCACUAGGCCUACUGUACUGUGGGAAACAUACAGUAAACAAAUUAGAGUGGUACUGUUCACCCUGCAAGGAGCCGGUUUGCACAAAAUGUCUUAUGGAAUCCCAUAAUGGACAUAAGUUGGAAGAUAUAGCUGCAACCUACCAAGAUAUCAUAAGUAAGCUUAAAGAGGAAAAGGAGGAAAUAGAGGGGGUGCUUUUACCAAAAUAUAGAGAAAUGUUAUCUAAGGAGAAAAGUAAGAAAUCAGAGAUAUCAAAGAGAACUGAUGAAGUUAAGCAACAAAUAGAAGAUCACACAAAAUCAAUAAUGGAUCAAGUCACAAUGUUGAAAGACAAUGCUAUACAGAAUUUACAAGAAGAAGGAAAGAAGGCCUUGGAAUUGGUUGAAGACACAGAAAAAGAAAUUGAAAGGAGAAUUGAAACACUCAAUAGACUCAAUGAAGACAUCACCAAUAACAUGGGAGCAAAUCCUGGAAUUGUAUUUUUCACGAAUAUAGACGCUAAUACCUUACAAGAUAUGCAAGGAUUUCCAUCUACAGUUAAUUACAAACUAACUGACUUUAAACCUGGUGAUCUUUUCAUAUCAGAACAUCACUUUGGAACAUGUCCAAAAUUUUCAAAGUCAAAAGAAACUAACUUGCCAACUGAAGAAUUGUCAAAGAAAAACAAAAUCGUAAAAGGUAUGAUGAAAGAAAUAGAGGACCUGCAACUGAAACUGGAAACAGAAAAAAAUGGGAUUGCUCGCAUACUUAUCCAACUGCAGAUUGAUAAGUCAAAAAAAGCACUUUCAGAGUUUAAACGAGACAAUUUUGAAUAAGUUGGUUAUAGGAGG